GCGCUCGAGUGGACGCGGGGCUUCGCAAAUGGCUUGUCCCGUUCUCGGUCUGGAAGCUCUCCAGCCCCUGCAGCCCGAGCCGCCCCCCGAGCCUGCCUUCUCCGAGGCGCAGAAGUGGAUCGAGCAAGUAACCGGCAGAAGUUUUGGUGAUAAAGAUUUUCGGACAGGAUUAGAAAAUGGAAUCCUUCUCUGCGAGUUGCUGAAUGCUAUAAAGCCAGGACUUGUUAAAAAGAUCAAUAGAUUGCCUACCCCCAUUGCAGGAUUGGACAAUAUCAUAUUAUUCUUGAGAGGUUGUAAAGAGCUCGGCCUUAAAGAAUCUCAACUUUUUGACCCGAGUGACCUACAGGAUACAUCCAACAGAGUAACAGUCAAGAGUCUUGAUUAUAGUAGGAAGCUGAAAAAUGUACUAGUGACCAUUUACUGGCUGGGCAAAACAGCGAACAGCUGUGCCUCGUACAGUGGGACUACGCUGAACCUGAAGGAGUUUGAAGGCUUGCUGGCUCAGAUGAGAAAGGAGACUGAUGAUAUUGAGAGCCCCAAACGUAGUAUUCGAGACAGUGGCUACAUCGACUGCUGGGACUCCGAGCGCAGCGACUCCCUCUCUCCCCCUCGACACGGCAGAGAUGAUUCCUUCGACAGCUUGGAUUCCUUUGGCUCCCGUUCCCGGCAGACUCCUUCGCCAGAUGUAGUCCUCAGGGGAAGCAGUGAUGGGAGGGGGAGCGACUCUGAAUCCGACCUGCCCCAUCGGAAGCUGCCUGACGUGAAGAAGGAUGACAUGUCUGCGAGGCGGACGUCCCACGGUGAGCCGAAAUCAGCAGUGCCUUUUAACCAGUACCUCCCCAACAAGAGCAACCAGACAGCCUACGUCCCUGCACCUCUGAGAAAGAAGAAGGUGGAGCAAGAGGAAUAUCGGAAGAGCUGGAGUACCGCCACCUCCCCCCUGGGUGGGGAGAGGCCCUUCAGCUAUCCUGAGACAAUAGAAGAAGAGGAAAGUGAAGUGGGGUCUCCUUGUGAAGAGGACCCCGUCAGCCCAAUGGACACCAGUGGGAAGCCUCCUGACGGUGGGUCAGAACUACCCACCAGUUGUGGGAAGGAGCAGCCUCCUGCAGAGGGGGCUGUGGUGGCACCAGCUCCCAAGUCUGAAGAGAAAGCUGCUGCUGAAAUGCAAAAGCGCAGAAGGCUGGAGCAAGCCGGAAUCAAGGUCAUGCCAGCAGCACAGCGCUUUGCCAGUCAAAAGCAAUUAAAUGAUGAGAAAGAAGCUGUUCGAAAUAUUAUCCUUCGUAAAGAAAACCCUUUCCUGGUCCACCAACACGGCAGAGAUUCAGAAUCAGAAGAUGAAGUUGCAUGUCGACUGCCUGAUCUUGAGAAAGAUGACUUUGCUGCCAGGAGAGCAAGGAUGAACCAGACAAAGCCAAUAGUGCCACUGAACCAACUCCUCUACGGGCCUUACCGAAAAAAAGAGGCAGAGAAAUCAGACGGCAGCAAACAACACUCAAAGGGAGUCUCAGUAAAGAAAGCUCUAGAGCACAAAAGAAACCAGGGCCAGACAGAAGAGGUGAAGUCAAGGGUGACCUGUAUUGUGCGGGCCCAGGAGAGUGAACCUGCGGAAGAGGGACUCAGGAAGGUGCCGGAUCUUUACAAGGAUGACCUGGCCCAGCGGAGAAUUCAGGGCAGGCUUGGCCCUCACCGUGAGGCCCCAAGCUUUAUCACGGUUGCCAGUAUAACAGAAGCCGACCUGGAGACGUGGGAGAGACUGAAAGUGUCAGAAAAGACGAGGGAUGGAGAUGUGGAGCACACGUGUGCCCCUGAGCCUUCACCAGAAAUUAAAGCGGAAACUGCCAUCCGGGAUGACUUUGCCAGCCGCAAGGCAAGGGCCUAUAAGAAAGCUUCCAGCAGCCCUAGGCAAAAGUUCGUGCACUUUGGACCAGUGACAGAGAUAGAUCAGCAGACGUGGAAGCGGCUCAGCAUUGGCAGGGCGGGGCCAAGGGAGGAUGCAGAGGAAGGCGUCUGUCACAGCAAGACCCACACAUGCUCUGUGUCUGCUGCCUCAGCGGCCACGUCCAACUUAAAGGAAGACCACAUGCUUAAUCCACAGAAUGACUGCAGAACAGUGACUUCUGAUGUAGAUGACUGUUGUAAAAGGGUCUCUCGGCUGGCUCCCGUGCCGGAGUCCCAGGAGGAGCGUAGCUUCAGUGCGGGCGAGGGCCUCAGGAGGACAGAGGAAGUUACACGCAAACAGCAGCCACAGGAUGGCAAAGAAGAGACUGAAGGAGUUGCUCAAAGAGAUUCUGAGAUGGCGCCAAAGGCCGAAAGAUCCGAGGAGAGCGGCCAGCCACUAUACGGACCGAGAACUCCUGUGUCUGACGACGCAGAGAGCACGAGUAUGUUUGACAUGCGGUGUGAGGAGGAGGCCGCGGUGCAGCCACACAGCAGGGCCCGCCAGGAGCAGCUGCAACUGAUAAACAGCCAGCUGCGGGAAGAGGAUGACAAAUGGCAGGAUGACCUGGCCCGUUGGAAGAGCCGUAGAAGAAGUGCUUCUCAGGACUUAAUCAGAAAAGAGGAAGAAAGGAAAAAAAUGGAGAAGCUGCUGGCUGGAGAGGAUGGGACAAGGGAACGAAGGAAAAGCAUAAAAACCUACAGAGAAAUCGUCCAAGAAAAAGAGCGAAGAGAAAGGGAGCUGCAUGAAGCAUACAAGAAUGCACGGACCCAGGAGGAGGCAGAGGGUAUCCUUCAGCAGUACAUCGAGAGAUUCACCAUCAGUGAAGCUGUUCUUGAACGCUUGGAGAUGCCAAAAAUCCUGGAAAGAAGCCAUUCAGCAGAGCCAAACUUAUCCCCCUUCCUCAGCGACCCCAACCCUAUGAAAUAUCUGCGGCAACAGUCACUGCCUCCACCCAAGUUCACUGCCACUGUGGAAACCACCAUCGCUCGUCCCAGCGUUCUGGAUGCCAGCAUGUCAGCAGGCAGUGGGUCUCCGAGCAAAACUGUCUCUCCCAAAGCAGUGCCUAUGCUGACGCCCAAGCCUUACUCCCAGCCCAAAAACUCUCAAGAGGUUCUGAAGACCUUCAAGGUAGAUGGGAAAGUCACCAUGAAUGGAGAGACAACUCACGGUGAUGAGGAGGAGAAGGAAAGAGAGUGUCCCACAGUGGCACUUGCCCCCUCGUUGACCAAAUCCCAGAUGUUUGAAGGUGUGGCCAGAGUGCAUGGGUCCCCCGUGGAGCUGAAACAAGACAGCAACAGCAUUGAGAUCAACAUAAAGAAGCCAAGUUCUCUUCCCCAAGAGCUGACAGCAACCACUGAAGAAACUGAAGCCAACAGUCAAGAAGAUGAAAAUGAUGGUGAAGAAACAGGAAAAGGGAAUACAGAAGUUGCCCCAUCAGAGCCACAGCUUUUUACAACGACUGUGACCAGAUCCAGCCCGACCGUGGCCUUUGUGGAGCUUUCGCCCAGCCCUCAGCUGAAGAAUGAGGAGCCAGAAGAGAAAGAGCAGAAGAAGCCAGAAAAUGAAAUGAGUGGCAAGGUGGAGCUGGUGCUGUCACAAAAGGUGGUAAAGCCAAAAUCUCCCGAGCCAGAAGCAACCCUGACGUUUCCAUUUCUAGACAAAAUGCCUGAAACCAACCAGUCACCUUUGCCAAAUCUCAAUUCUCAAGUGGAUUCUCCAAGUAGUGAAAAGUCACCUGUAACUACACCUUUUAAGUUCUGGGCCUGGGACCCAGAAGAGGAGCGCAGGCGACAGGAAAAAUGGCAACAGGAGCAGGAGCGUUUGCUCCAGGAGAAAUACCAGAAGGAGCAGGACAAGCUGAAAGAAGAGUGGGAAAAGGCCCAAAAGGAGGUGGAAGAAGAAGAACGCAGAUACUAUGAGGAGGAGCGGAAAAUAAUUGAGGACACUGUGGUUCCAUUUACUAUUUCUUCAAGUUCUGCAGACCAGCUCUCUACAUCUUCCUCUGUGACAGAAGGCAGUGGGACGGUGAAUAAGAUGGACUUGGAAAACUGUUGCGAGGAAGAACAAGAGACAAGACAGAAGAGACCAUUCCAGGAGGAUAACAGUGACUCACUGCUGAAGACUAGGGAAGGUGGUCCACUGGAGGAGAAGGGCAGCAGCCUAGCUCAAGGGGUCUUGACUCAUUCUGAGAACCCUGCAUCAGAAGGAAUCUACCACCAGUUGGAUACAGAAGCUGGGGCCCCACACUGUGGGGGGAGCCCACAGCUAGCUCAGGAUCCAUCCCAGAAUCAGCAGGUAUCAAACCCACCAAUGCACAUUUUAGAAGAUGUGAAGCCAAAAACCCUUCCACUGGACAAAAGCAUUAACCAUCAGAUUGAGUCUCCGAGUGAAAGGCGGAAGUCUAUAAGUGGGAAAAAGCUGUGCUCUUCCUGUGGGCUUCCACUGGGUAAAGGCGCUGCAAUGAUCAUUGAGACCCUCAAUCUCUAUUUUCACAUCCAGUGCUUUAAGUGUGGAAUUUGUAAAGGACAGCUUGGAGACGCAGUGAGUGGGACGGAUGUUAGGAUUCGAAAUGGUCUUCUAAACUGUAAUGACUGCUACAUGAGAUCCAGAAGUGCUGGCCAGCCCACAACAUUGUGACGUGGUUUUCAAGCUUCUGGAUCACUCACUAUUUCCUUACUGAGGGUGUCCCCUGGCAGUUGUUUAACGAAAUCCCAAGUUCAGGGGCUCCACAGCAUUCAUCUGAUUUCUGAAAGGCUAUUUUAAAAGAUGAUAUCUGUUCUUUUGUAGCACAGUGUUCAUGUUUUUCCUGGUUUCCUUUUUUUUUUUUUUGGCAUUUGCACAGUAUAUACAAAACAAUGUUGAAUUGUAAUGAUCCUGAAUAGUUCAAAAAGAAAAGGUCUUAGCAUGGUCAAACAGGCUUAUGGUUUAAAAUAUGUUAUUCUCUUUUUUGGGAGUUAAUGAGAUAGAUGAUGCAAUAAACCUGUUUGGGUUUUUUUUUUUUUUAGCAUUUCUAGGAAUUAAACAUUUUAUGUUUACAGAAUUGAGCUGCAGAAAAUGCAGGACAUGCCAAUUUGAGACACAUGGUCUUCUGAGUCAGGAGCAUACAAUUAAUGCAUUUCAGAAACUAAAAAUCACACCAUCUAGCUCUGAGCUAGAACUUGUUUUUUACUGCAAAGUCACUAGGCUGAUAAUAUAUACUGUAAUCUUGAAAUGUUUGUGUUACUUACCUUUUGAGGUGGAAGUCAUACCAAUAAAUUAUUGCACCGUUAGUAUUAGAUUCUGUGUCCUUUGGAAAUUAUGCCAUUGGUAUAGGCUGAACCAUCAAAUAGAACCCUUGUAAUAUUGGCUAGGUUUACACUCUGGGACAUUGCCCAAGGGUAGGAAGAAACCAGAGGGACAUAAUUCAGUCCUUAUUUCCAAAAUUACUACCAAAAUCUGUGAGGAAGUUUAAUCUUCCGAAGAGUGGUGGGUCAGUGAUAGCCAAGAGAGCUUUGUUGCUUGCUUCUCUUCAUGCUCUAGAUUCAAUAAAAGGCUCAGUGUGGGGCAUAUGGAAGCUGUCAUCGAGAUCAGUCCAUCAUUAGGUGUGACCACUGCUCACCCUUGCCUUCAAGUUCUCCUUGGGGGCUGAAGCCCAGGUGGCUAAAGAGAAGCACUGAGUCCAUCCUAAUAGAAUCCAGUGACGUACAAUGUGAGAAGCCACUAGCGUGUGAUCAGCAAGAACCUACCACUCACAUCGUCCCCUGCCCACCCUACUGGAUACCUGCCUGCCCUCCUCCACGCCAUCAAUCACCAACUCUCUUGACUUCUAGAACUCCAGAACCAAGAAUUCUGGACCUUGCUCAUGGAGAAGUUUAGCAAGGAGCUCUUGUGGAGGGGUGUUUUAUUUUUUUUCCCUGUGUGAUGAGUUUCAUCUGGAAUCAAGUUAUUAAAAAGCAUCCCAUUUUAGAUCUUCAGGCUAUUUUCCUGAAGACUGGGGGAAGGGGGACUAUUUAUUCUGCCUUAAAAUGAUGGCAAAUAAGUGAAGAUGACAGAUGACGCUUUAUGAAUGUAGACUCUGGAUAUACUCCUAAUAGGUUAACGUAGUCAUAAAAGGAGAUCACGUAGAUGUUUUCUGUUAUGUAAGCAAUAAUUUUUUUCUGUGUCUUAUUGAGUAUGGCUAGCAAUUAUUUAUUUACAUGCUAGAAAGUUCUCUGCAUGCGGGUUCCAUGUAAGUGCAGAAAUUUCCUCAGCCACUGGAGAUAGUUUGGCCAUUUUGUUAUUUGAACGAGCUGUUGUUAGAUUGAAAUUUACACAUCAUUUCAUUAAAAAUUGUGCCUUAGAAAAUGCAAAGCUGUUGCACAUAGUGAUGAAUUAUGGAUGCAGUACAUUGAAGAGAGAUGAAGUCACUUCCAAGUUCUCAAGACUUCUCGUGGAGGUGUUGGCUGCUUUACAGGGGGAAAAAAUUUAAAAAAAAGAAGAAUUGAAAACAUUUUGAAAAUGUACAGAUUAAGUCCAAUAUUUUGAUUAACCACCUGCAUGUUUUAUUAAGUAUUUUGAUAAUAUGGAUGUUUGCACUUUGCAUGAUAUUAGAAGAGUACUUUACCACCAAUAAUGCACAAAACAUGUACAAUAGAAUCAUUCAUAACCGAUUUUUAUAGAAUACUUUUUACAUGUGGAACUCCAUCCGUUAUGUAAGGAUUAUAUGAAUAUUGCACAUUCUCUUCUGGUUUCACAAACCCAUUUAUACAUAUUUCUUAGUGAGACUCAUUGUACAUGUAUUGAAGCUAGAAUCAAGUCAAGAAAAAUAAAGCCCCAUUCUCCAACUGUGAAAUGUGCUUUUCCAUAAUGAACAAUAGUCACCAGCACAGAAUAAUCUCCAACAUUUUCUAAAUUCUAAUUGCCAACUGUUUCUAUUUAUAUUUGAUUUAUAUUUCAUUUGGAGUCUGUUACAUGGCAGCUCGGGCAGACUAGAUCUUGUUUUUUCCAAUGCAGCAUAAUGAGUAUGAUCUAUUUCUUUUCAAAUAAUCUUUGAGAUCCCAGGAAAAAAAAAUGCUGUGCUCCGUUGAGCUACAAUGUAAAUGUGUUUGUUUAAAAAACAGAUGAGGCAAGUGAGUGAUUUAUUGUUCCUGAGGAAGUAUAUCUUUUUUUUUCUUAUACUUCAAAAGCUAGUCUCUUCUUUCUUAAGAAAAAAAAAAUGGGUAACUCUUUGUUUUUCACUUGCAAACUUUCAUGACAUGUGUUCAUUCUUUCUGUGUAGUGUUAUUAAUGCAAUACAUACUAUAGUUACCUAUACACAAUGUAAGACUUAACAAGCUGAAAUGAUCCACCUCAUAUGUGAGUCCGUCCAAAAGAUGUUACUGUUCUGGGUGGGCCAAUGUUCUGUAUCAGUUACACUAACCUUCAUUUAAAAUAUUUAUUCUAAAAUGACUCUGAGAAAUAGUAAAAAAAAUAAAAUAAAAUUGUCUAAAAUGCAACAGCUUUUAUAGUAAAUGUACAUUUAUAAAUAAA